UUAUCACCGUAGAAGAACAAUAAAAGCUGGACUGCUGGAAUCCAGCUCCAAAUUCUUGAGAACUUUGAUUUUUUUUUAAUAUUCACGUUUUCUUUUCCUUUUUUCGAUCUUGCUAAUAAAAAGCCCUUGGGAAAAAUCAAUUUUCCUACUUUUGUUUUUUUUGUGUGGAUUGAGCGGUCAUCGUAGCUGUGGUUUUCCUUCGCUCUGAGGAUCUGAGCUUAUUAUUCUCUCUCUCUCUCUCUCUGGUUCUCUGAAGAACAAGAAGAACCAUCGAUUUCCAGACUUUUCGAGUCUUUUAUUCCACUCUUUCCCUCGCUGCUUCAACCUCUCCUUCUAUCUCAGGCAAAGAAUGUUUUGAUUUUUCCGAUGUAUUUAAUUUUUCUAGAUCUCUCCGUGUCUGUGUGCGUUAAAUCAGAUAACCUCUAUCUAGAGUUCAACUAGUUUUGAAUAUCUUUCUUUUCUGUUCCUUUCUAAUUUUCAGCUUCCGUAUUUCAGUAAUCUUCUUUUUUCAAUUUCACAAGCUUGGUUUUUAGAGAUUAAAAGCUUCUUCAUCGGUUCUACAUCCAUCUUCGCCGCGUUAACUCUUGGGUAGUUCGUUCUCUCCGUCGCCCGCGCAUUUGCUUGUGAAUGGAGGAAAAUGGAUUUCAUACGGCGUGAGGUGGCCGGAAGAAAAUGCUAUAUUUGAAACAACCUAGCGCUAUGUUAGGGUUUCGGAGCUUGGAAUUCCGGUGAUCUUUUCUCUCGCAUGUACGUUUGAUUCUUCCCGAGCCUCAGGCUCGGGAUCCGAACCAUGGCGUCAGAAAGCGAGCCACAGGCUCGGAUCAAAGAGGAGCCAGACCCGGGUAGUGGUUAUCUGCAAAAAUUUCGAUUGUACGAGACUCAAUCGAAAUUUUAUUUGAUAGGAAGAGACAAGAGUAGAACAUUAUGGAGAGUAUUAAAGAUCGACAGAUUAGAGCCUUCUGAGCUAAAUAUUCGUGAAGACUCAACAAUUUACACAGAGGGAGAAUGCUAUGAUCUGUUGAAGCGAAUUGAUGAAGGAAACAGGUCCACUGGUGGACUUAAGUUUGUCACCAGUUGCUAUGGAAUUGUUGGAUUCAUUAAAUUUUUGGGACCUUACUACAUGCUGCUUAUCACAAAAAGAAGGCAGAUUGGUUCUAUCUGUGGCCAUACAGUAUAUUCCAUCGCCAAGAGCAAGAUGAUUCCACUUUCGAAUUCUUCUAUGCAGCCUAAUAUGGCUAAUUCUAAGAAUGAGAACAGAUACAAGAAGCUCCUGUGCACAGUGGAUCUUACAAAGGACUUCUUUUUCAGCUACUCAUACCAUGUUAUGCAUAGUCUUCAAAAGAACUUGUGUGAUCAUGAGACAGGGCAGGUAGUCUAUGAAAAAAUGUUUGUCUGGAAUGAGUUCUUGACUCGGGGAAUUCGGAAUCACCUCAAGAAUACCCUUUGGACAGUUGCAUUAGUCUAUGGUUUUUUUAAACAGGAUAAGUUUUCAAUAUCUGGGAGGGAGUUCAAGUUGACACUCAUUGCUAGGCGUUCACGUCAUUUUGCUGGCACCAGGUAUCUGAAACGAGGUGUAAAUGAGAAAGGUAGAGUAGCUAAUGAUGUUGAGACAGAACAAAUUGUUUGUGAAGAUGUUCCUGAAGGAUCUUCAACGCAAAUAAGUUCUGUUGUGCAGAACCGAGGCUCAAUACCCCUUUUCUGGUCCCAAGAAACAUCCCGCUUGAACAUUAAACCUGACAUUAUUUUGUCAAGGAAGGACCAAAAUUAUGAAGCUACCAGACUUCAUUUUGAGAAUCUUGUUAAGAGAUAUGGAAACCCAAUAAUCAUUUUGAAUUUGAUUAAGACACAUGAGAAGAAGCCCCGGGAAUCUAUACUCCGGGCCGAAUUUGCUAAUGCAAUUGAUUUUAUUAAUAAAGAUCUAUCAGAGGAUAGUCGCUUAAAGUUCCUUCAUUGGGAUCUGAAUAAACAUUCUAGGAGCAAAGCAGCAAAUGUUUUGGCUCUACUAGGCAAAGUGGCUGCAUAUGCAUUGAACUUUACAGGCUUUUUUUAUUGUCAAAUAAUGCCUACUUUGAAAACUGAAGGGUGUUUAAAGUGGCCCCACUUCAAGAAAAAUGACGUUGGUGAUAGGCCUCCUGGUGAACAUAGUAGCAACAGUGAAAACACCAACAAUUUGGUAACUAGACCCAGUAAGGAUACCGGUUAUGUUAAUGGAAAUCACAUGGUCAAGGAACCUAUGCUUCAACAAGGUGUCCUCAGGACGAAUUGUAUAGAUUGCUUGGAUCGUACAAAUGUUGCCCAAUAUGCCUAUGGUUUGGCUGCACUUGGACAUCAGCUGCAUGCACUGGGAUUUAUAGAUGCACCAAAUAUUGAUCUGGAUGCACCUUUAGCUGAUGACUUGAUGGCUUUUUAUGAGACAAUGGGUGACAUUCUUGCACUUCAGUAUGGUGGGUCUGCUGCACACAAUAAGAUAUUCUCUGAGAGAAGGGGUCAAUGGAAGGCUGCAACCCAAUCCCAGGAAUUCUUCAGAACCCUGCAACGGUACUACAGCAAUGCCUAUAUGGAUGCUGAGAAACAGGAUGCAAUAAAUGUGUUUCUGGGGCAUUUUCAACCACAACAGGGUAAACCUGCAUUGUGGGAGCUGGAUUCAGACCAGCAUUACAAUAUUGGGAGGCGGGGUUACACAUUUGCAGAUGAAAAUUCUAGGUCAUUUUUCAAAAGAUCCUUGUCUGAUGGCAACAUCCUAUGCGAAAAUAAUACACCCAUGGCAGCUACAAAUACUGGGCAGAAGAAAUUUUCUAACUCAGCAUUGCCUGAAAGAACACAAGGAGGGAGUGCCAAAGGUCUUUCUGAAUCCAUGAAAGAAAUACCAACUUGUGAAAGUGAAGUCUCAUAUUCCAGGUACACACCUUCAAUGGCUCAAAGACAGCUUUUUGUUGAUGGGCAAAGGGAUAGAUGCCUUGAAAGUGAUCAGAUUUGUUUCAAUGAAAAUGGGGAAGCAUUUAAUUUCUCAAAUUUUCUCGACCUUGAUUGGCUUUCUUCGUCAGGAAAUUCAUGUGAAGAGGAAACAUAUGAAAGGUCUGCCCUCAUUAACUCUCCAAUCGCAGGCAUGUCAUCAGAAAAUGUCAUGAGUGUUGUUACAGUGGAAACAACCCCAUCUCAAAGUGAAUAUGGAUCCAGUAUGAAGGAAAGAGAUCAGGAAGAAGCCGAUCUUUCUUAUGAUGCUACCCAGAAUUUGGACAUACUUGGUGAAUUUUCUGAUAGUUUUGUGCGGUGGGUGGCAUAUGGAGAAACACUAUGCCAUUGAUGUCCACGGUUCCAUCUUUCAAUUUUGCUGAAUCAUUAUACAUUUCCAACCCCUUCCUGAUUCAAGCGGAUCCAAGGAUGCUGCGCCUGGAGAGAAAAUUGCGAACACGGAAGAACUAAAUCUAGCGGUACCGGCAUCCUUUUUGUAAGAUAAUUUCUUAAAAAGGCCUUCGUCUUGUCUAAUUUGCUGCAUCGGUUGAUCUUCAAAAUCCCUCCUUCAGAGUCAAAUACAAAGGUACAAAGAGUAAAUAGUUAUAGUUAAUUCUUUUUGGAGCUCUCUAUUCCUUCUCUGCAAUUGACUCCAAAGUUCUCAAUCUUGUAUAUAUUAUAUAGUUAUUAUUUGCAAAACUGAGCUCCAAUUACAAUAGUGCUUUA